AUGCCAGUGGCUGAGCCUACCAAUCCACAAUCACCAUGGAAGCCCAACAGGUUGUACGAUAUCUGCUGCUUUGCAUCGCCAUUGGACUGGGAUUGGUCCUUCAGGCGGAGGCUUCAGGCACUCUCCCGUGCCAUGAUUGAGGGCACCAAUCGCAUAUGUGCCAACCGUGAUACCAGGGGAAACUACGCCCUGAGGCGGGUCCAGAGAGUGCAAACUGGCGAGGUGCUUCACAUGAUCUGCCAGCCGGACGACAUCGUCCAGACCACCUGCCAGCCGAACACGAAAUUCUCCCGACCGCUGUCGCUGCGAUGCAACAACCCCAUGGGCGCCAGUGCCACAAUCGUCACUGAUGCAUCCUGUCCGGCCACCAUGUACUCCAUUGGCUACACGAUCAACAACAAACGACUGGAGCUGUAUCGCGCCUGCUACGAUCGCACCAAUGUAAGUGCGAUCUUCACGAGACACACGGUGUACGGCAAAACCUUCUACCCGACGCGGCCCUACGCGAACUUCAGCCCGGAUGGAGCCUUGAGUGAGGCGGAUGCCAGGACCUUCACCGUCCGCAGUAUCUACGAUGCCUUCAGGCGCAUCUUCGGCAACACCCAGACAUAUAUCCGCAAUAAUCGGGAUGAGAUCAUCAAUCGCGGACACCUCACUCCCUCGGCCGACUUCCUCUUCGACGAUCAGAUGUGCGCCACCUGCAAGUACGUGAAUGUGGUGCCGCAGUUCAAGAGCAUCAACGACCGGAACUGGGAGACUAUCGAGCGCUGGGUGCGCAACCGCAUCCGAGGUGGUGGCUCGCUGAUGAUCAAGACGGGUGCUGUUGGCAAUCUCAUCCUGCCCAAUCGUGCACGGCCCCCCGUCCCUCAUCGCGUAAUCCUGGGAACUGGCACCAAGAACCCCGUGCCCGAGUGGAUGUACAAGGUGGUGCGAACUUCCACCAACCAGCCUCUGGCCGUCUUCCUCACGUACAACAACAUUUACGCACCACGCCGUCCAAAUGCCCCAGCAUUUUGCACUAGCGUUCCCUGCCCCAUGCCCCUGGUCAACACGGCAGUCGCUGGCUUCACCUACUGCUGCAAUGCCACCAUUUUCAAUCUCUAAUAUGAUCGUGCUUCCACUUAUUUUUAAUGAAAGCAGUAGCUUUGGUUACUCCUAAAUAUCCCAGAUAAAAUAUACUCGA